AGCAAGUAGAGACUUUUAUUUUAUCUUCUGGUUCCUGUGUGCACGUGGGGCUGCGGAAACAUGCAUUUAAGCAUCAUGGAGGAGCACAGCAACAGCAUGGACACUAACAGUGACAGUGAUUUUGAUAAUGAAGACUGCGAUCAGACUAAGGAGAAUGACAAAAAUGAAGGCGAGCUCACACUGGAGGAUGUAUUGCGUUUGGGCGGGACAAAAGCAGAUUAUGUCAUGCUGGCCUGCAUCGAUGACUCUGCCGAGCUCAUCAAUGGUGGAAAGAAAAAUACAAUUGAUGAUCUGGAGGAGGGAGAGCUGGAAGGUUUCAUAACAAAGCUGGGCAUCCGUGCUUAUGCAGAGCAACAAAUCAUUCAAGAUGAACAGGAUGAAACAUCCUCAGAGCCAUCGAAAAAGGAGAAAAAAAAGGCGAAAAGCUCCAAAACAAAAGAGGAUUCACAGUCUGAUGUGAAAAAUACUGUUAAACCCUGUAUGAAAACCCUUGUUCAGUCUACAGAGAUUGGCCGUGCUACUGGAAAGAAGGCCAAACAGAAACACAUAAACGUGUUUGAGUUUAUUUCACGACAAACUCUGCUAAUCAAACUUGGGGGGAAGUGGUUCGAUAUAGAGUACACCUCAGAGAGCACGUCUGUGGCUCAGGACGAGUCACUGGUCUUGCAGUACAAGGCUUUGGCUCAGAAACUUUAUGAGAAUGAAAUUGCCCUUUACAAGAACAAGAAGAACUUCCAGAAGGGCGCCAACUCUGCCUGGAUGAAGAGUGUAGUGUCCACAGGAACCUUGACCGAUAGGAUGGCAGCUAUGACUGUGCUAAUUCAGGAUGCUCCGGUUCACAGUCUCGAGCACAUUGAGAACCUUGUGUCUAUGGUGAAAAAGAAAGGAAGUCGCAAACAAGGCCUCAUGGCCUCGGAUACCCUUAAGGACCUGCUGCUUACUGACCUUCUUCCAAAUCACCGCAAGCUUCACACUUUCUCCCAGCAUCCUUUUGAGCAGCUGGAGGAAAAAGCCAGUGGAAAUAGAGACACCCGGGAUCGCAGGCUCAUCCUAUGGUACUUCGAGCACCAGCUGAAACUUCGGGUAGCAGAAUUUGUUGCCGCACUAGACGAACUAGCUCACGAUACGGUUCAGGCUACCAAAAUGCGUGCGCUUACCACUGCCUACGAGCUGCUGUGCAGUCAGCCAGAGCAGGAGAAAGUGCUUCUUAUACAGAUUGUCAACAAAUUGGGGGAUCCUGAAUACAAAAUUGCUUCCAAAGCCUCGCACCUGCUGGAAACGGUUCUUCACAAACACCCCAACAUGAAGACAGUGCUGUGCUGUGAGGUUGAGCGCCUCAUGUUCAGACCCAAUAUCAGUUCCAAAGCCCAAUACUAUGCCGCAUGUUUCCUAAACCAAGUCAUUCUGAGCCAUGACGAAGCUGACUUGGCUGCCAAACUUAUCACCAUCUACAUCACGUUUUUCAACGCAUGUGUUAAGAAGAAGGAUAUUGAGUCUAAAAUGCUCAGCGCUCUGCUGACAGGAGUGAACAGAGCAUAUCCAUAUGCAAAGACUGGGGAUGAUGAUGUGUGCAAACAGCUGGACACGCUUUUUAAAGUGGUGCACAUUGUCAAAUUCAACACUGCUGUCCAAGCCCUUAUGUUGCUCUUUCAGGUCAUGGACUCCCAACAGACCGUUUCAGAUCGCUAUUAUGUAGCACUCUACAGAAAAUUGUUGGAUCCGGGGUUAUCGUCAAGCUCAAGAAAGAGCAUGUUUCUUAACCUCUUAUAUAAGUCUCUAAAAGCUGAUAUAGUGGUGAGACGGGUGAAGGCAUUUGUGAAAAGGUUACUUCAGGUCAGUUGUGAACAGACCCCUGCCUUUGCAUGUGGUGCUUUAUUCCUUGUGUCGGAGGUGAUGAAGAACAAGCCAGGCCUCAAGUUACUGCUACAGGAGGAAGCGGAUGAGGAGGAAGAGGUGUAUCAGGACCUCGAAGAGGAUGUCGAUGAUGACGAGGAGAAAUUUGUGGAUGCAGUCAAAGAUGAAAAAACACAGAGCGUGAAACAAUGCCAGACCAAGCCCACUGCAUCAUGGGUACAUCAUCAAAACAUAGAAGGUAGUUUAAAUAAGGUGACUUAUGACCCCAUGAACAGAAACCCUUUAUACUGCGGGGCUGAUCACACGGCCCUCUGGGAACUGCAGAAGUUGUCCUUUCAUUUUCAUCCCUCCGUGGCUCUUUUUGCGAAGACUUUAUUGCAGGGAGAGUUCAUCCAGUACACAGGGGAUCCACUGCAGGACUUCACACUUAUCCGAUUCUUAGAUCGGUUUGUAUUUAGGAAUCCAAAGCAAACAAAGGGAAAACAAAACACAGAUGCCACAGUGAUGCAGCCCAAACACAGGAGGACGUUCAACAAUAUUCAGUCAUUACCUGUAAACUGUGAGGAAUAUCUGGCCAAAGAGGAGAGUCAAAUACCUGUGGAUGAGGUGUUCUUCUACAGGUACUUUAAGAAGCGAGAUACAGAGAAUCGGCGGAAAAAAACGAACAAAAACGAGGAUAACGAGAGCGUGGAAGACAUUGACGAUGAUGAAUUUGAGAGAGUGCUUGAUGCUCAUGAAGGAGACAGCUAUUUCAUGGAGUUCGACGAUGAUGACUUGGACUUUGCAGGCAAUGUGAAGCCCAAGUCUAAGAAAGGUCGUGAUCAGGAUGGAGAAGAUUCUGAUUCUGAUGAUGAUGAUGAUGAUGAUGAUGAUGAUGAUCUUGAUGAUGAGGAGGUCUCUCUGGGCAGCAUGGAUGGAGACUUUGAACUUGACGAACUUGAGGACGAAGGUGGACAGUUCGUAGACUUAGAAGAUGAAGACGUAGAUGAUGAUGACGAUGCAGGUCCUCAACCUGCAAAGAAGAAAAAGAAAGGAAAAACGGAGGACAAAUCAGUGUUUGCAUCAGCUGAAGAGUUUGGCUGUUUGCUGGAAGAAAACACAAACUUGAAGUUUGACAACUGUGAUAUGAAUGCCAUGGCCAAUACGGACAAAGCUAACGUGAAGCAGCUGAAGUGGGAAGUUCAGCGGAAUGACUGGAUCCAAGGGAGAGAUGUCAAAACUCUCAGACGGAAAAAGGCCAUGUUCAACAAGAGAAAGUUCGGAAAUGCCAAAAAGCUUAAGAGUGUCAAAAGGAAGAAGUGAUGACCAGAUUACAUUGCUGUAAUAUACAUGAGAGGGGGGGAAUGCUAUGCUAUGUUUCUGAAAUAUACUAGCUGUAAAGUUGUAAAGUGGUUCAGUCAAUAUUGGCUGUUCCAGGCAUUUACAGUGUUAUAUUAAAUCCAGGGUUUAUCCAUAGUUUGGAAAAUGCUUUAUUUUAACUGUUAUGCUUUAAUGUUUUAACAUGUUAAUAUCUUCCUUUGUCUCUUUUUUUUUUUUAAAUAUUUUGUCCAUUACAUCAAAAUAUCUGAAAAAGCAAUAAAUAUACAAGGACAAAACUUAAUGCAGCAUAUCUGUUGUAAGCCCCAGAGAAACCAGCAGAAGCCCAGCACUAACAGAUAAAUUUGGGGAGGAAUAAAUUACUAACAAAGCCAACAAGAGUGGGUUUAAGCAAGCUUGAUUUGAAUAUUGGAUUGUUUCAAAAUGUGUCUAAUGACCUGUCUGUUUUAUUAUCAUGCCCCUAACUGUACAUUGUGCUUCAGUCACUAUCAAAGCUCUAUUGUGGAGACUCAACAGUACACUUAUUGAUUUACCAGAAGUUACAGAAAAAUUUUAUCACCAAAUUAUUCAUUAUGUGCUACAAUUUAAAACUUGUGUUGUACAUACUUAAGAUUUACUUAAGACAAGUCACCUUUAUUCAAAAAGCACUCUAUUCAAUAUGGAAAAUUUCAAUCAACUUCAAAGUGUUUAACAGGAAAAUAUUAUAAUCAAUGAUGCAAACCAAAAUGAGACAAUUCUGCUGUAAAUCAGCUAUGGCAAGACAAUGGUGUCAUUACUCAGUUCCAGAGAGGUCAUUGUUGGUUCAGUUCAAUAACAUUUUUUCAUUAUGAAACAAGUUCACUAAGUGGCCCUCCAGGACUAAGUUUGGACACCCCUGGUCUAGCAUAAAUCAAAUGUGCCUGCAAUUUUUUUGUUAGAAAGACCUGUUCCAGUUUUUCAGAGGAGAUGACAACCACUUUUCUCAACUCCGUACAUUUAUUUUUGCCGUUAACUGAUGUAAUCCAGAGUGCAACUAUAGCUUCUAGCAGCGAGCUUGGGCCCAGGCGCUAUCACUACCGCCAACUUUAGGAAUUAGGAUUCACUUUACGAAAACAUUUAACUAACUAGGGCCACUAGAAUCAUCACCACUUUUCACCCUGUUAAUAAUGGCAUUGAGUAUCAGUCCCAUAAUGUUAGGUGGUUAAGGGGGUCAUGAAUUGUAUUUGCAUCUUUUUUUAUAGCUCCAUUAGAAAAGAUAAAAAGAAAUAAAUGCCCAUUUUCUACCCUGUUUUUGACCCCCUGGUGUUUGUCCACUGUUUUAAGAGGUGUGUCUCCUUUAAGACUGCUGUGGUUGGGUAACAUCUUUGCAUAUUAAAUAAUUAGUAUACUUGAAGAACUGUUGAAACAC